AUGAGCUUUGAACUGCGGGAAGGCGGAGCCGGGGCUCGGCGCCGGGGCCAUAAAUGCGAGGGUCCCGUGGCAGCCAGGGCGGUCUGGAGGCGGCGAGCGGCGGAGCAUCCCCGGGCGAGCGGCGCAUCCCCGGGCGAGCGGCGCAUCCCCGAGCAUCCCCGAGCAUCCCCGGGACCCCGCAGCGGGCUGCAGCUCCACGAAAGCCUUUCCCCCGAGCGGAGCAUGAGCCGGGCGGGCAGCGGGACCCCCGGGAGCCCCGGGGGCCGAGGGGCAGCGCUGGUGCUGGCGCUGGCGCUGGCGGCGCUGCCCUCUCUGUCUCUUCCAGUGAUCCGAGCAAAAAUAUCCAGUGAAAAGGUGGUUCCUGCCAGUGAUGACCCCCUUGAUACCCACAAAAUGAUCCGGUAUGAAAUCAAACAAAUAAAGAUGUUUAAAGGAUUUGAAAAGCUCAAGGAUGUCCAGUAUGUCUACACCCCUUUCGAUUCAUCACUCUGUGGAGUGAAACUAGAAGCCAACAACAAAAAGCAGUAUCUUCUAACAGGCCAAAUUUUAAGUGAUGGCAAAGUGCUGAUCCACUUGUGCAACUACAUUGAGCCGUGGGAUGAUUUGUCCUUGUCUCAGAAGAAGAGCCUGAACCAGAGGUACCAGAUGGGCUGUGGCUGCAAGAUCACCACGUGCUACUCGGUGCCCUGCUCCAUCUCGGCGCCCAACGAGUGCCUGUGGACGGACUGGCUGCUGGAGCGGCGGCUGCAGGGGCACCAGGCGCGGCACUACGCCUGCAUCCAGCGCAGCGACGGCACCUGCAGCUGGUACCGGGGGGGCCCGCCCCCCGAGAAGGACUUCGUCGACAUCAGCGAGCCCUGAGCGCUGCCUGCUCCCAAAAACACGGCCCUGGGGGCUCCUUCCAGCCCGGCCUGCUGGCACCCGCAGGCCCCAGAGGGGCUGUGGGGCUGGCGCUGCGCAGGGCCAGGGACGAACCUCCUGGGGGUACCUGCUCCGCUCGGGUGUGCUCUGCC